CGACCAAUCACAGGGCGGCUUUCAUUCCCCCAAGCGUUUCCGUCCUGCACCUCGAAGUCGAAGGCCGCUUGGAAAACGCUCGAAUGGGUUCGCUGAUGACUUUAACGAAACAUUCCGUGCUAUUUUGAUGGGUUUUCUUCAGCCGAUCAAUACCGCCGUUACACAAGUGGACUGAUAAAGAUUUGCACUCGGAGGUGAAGAAGAAUUUGCUGGGUUGCAACCGUGUUUUUUGUGGAUAUUGGAGUCGUCUUUCCUCUGUCGUCUUCUUGUUGGUGUGUAUGCUUUUAACAGGCUAGCGCUAGCCUCGUUUGCUGGGCUGCUUUUAGCCGCCGCCGCUGCUGCCGCCGCCGCCGCCGCCGCUGCCAUGGUCCUUGCAAGUCAAUGCGGAUGUCUCCGAGACAGUUUGUGCUAAAACGAACUCGACAAAUGGGAACAUCUAGCAUUGGCUGAACACACCGUGGCAUUAAAUCAAGACUCCGUUCACACUUUGAAGGAAAUCCCAAAUUAGGCACUGUGGACACCCCAAGAUUCUCUGGUGCUUCUCUUUUUGGAUUUUAGCGCGCUGACAUUUUCUUCUCCCACAACCAUGGAAUCGACGGUUGAUGACGAUGCAAUGGCAGCGUGAAUGAAGCUUGGCGUGGGGAGAGCUGAACGAUGCCCAAAGGUGGGGGUUCUAAAACCCCCCAGCUGGACCACUUCCCACUUAACACCGACAUGGUGGAAAAGCAGGGUGGGAAGAAGGACAAAGUGUUGUCAAAUAAGACUCCCAAAUUGGAUCGCAGCGAUGGGGUUAAAGAGAUGAAAGAGAAGGCCUCGAAAAGAAAACUGCCGUUCACAACCGGAGCAAAUGGAGACCAGAAAGACUCGGACUCAGAGAAACCAGGUCCAGAGCGGAAGCGCAUUAAAAAGGAGCCCACAAACACCCGGAAGGCAGGCUUGCCGUUUGGAAUGGGGAUGCCAGGCAUCCGGGCAGGGUACCCCCUCUCCGAGCGGCAGCAGGUGGCCCUGCUCAUGCAAAUGACUGCCGAGGAGUCCGUAAACAGUCCAGACACAACACCAAAGCACCAGUCACAGUCCAGUCUAGGUCAGAAGGGAACGCCAAACUCUGCAUCCAAAACCAAAGAUAAAGUCAAUAAAAGAAAUGAGAGAGGAGAGACUCGGCUGCACAGGGCGGCCAUUCGCGGUGAGGUACGCCGCAUUAAGGAGCUCAUCAGCGAGGGAGCUGAUGUGAAUGUAAAGGACUUUGCAGGUUGGACUGCAUUGCACGAGGCAUGCAACCGGGGAUAUUACGACGUGGCCAAGCAGCUGCUGGCAGCCGGAGCCGAGGUCAACACCAAGGGUCUGGAUGACGACACUCCUCUCCACGAUGCGUCCAACAAUGGACAUUUUAAGGUGGUCAAGCUACUUUUACGGUAUGGCGGCGACCCGCGACAAAGUAACCGAAGAGGUGAAACCCCUUUGAAUGUUGCCAACUCUCCAACGAUGCUGAAUCUGCUGCUGGGGAAAGGCACGUACACCUCCAGCGAAGACAGUUCGUCAGAAUCUUCCGAAGAGGAAGACGUUCCCUCGUGCGCCCCGUCGAGCUCGGUCGAUGGCAAUAACACGGACUCCGAGUUUGAGAAGGGCUUGAAGUUAAAAGGGAAGACUUCAGAGGCUCCCAAAUCGGCCGCCACGCCCGUCAAAGACGAGUACGAAUUUGACGAAGACGACGAGGAGGAGCGGGUCCCCCCCGUGGACGAUAAGCAUCUCUUGAAAAAAGACUUCCGCAAGGACCCCGUCACCAAGGCCAACAGUUUCAUCUCCAUCCCCAAGAUGGAGGUGAAAACCUAUUCCAAAAGCAACUCGCUCACACCAAAGAAAGCCGUCAGGCGCAUCAUCUCGGACAGCAACAGUUCGGACGAGGACGACAGGACGCUGUGUUACGCGCCGGCGCCGACGCCGCGCCAACAAGCCCUUCAGACCAACGCCAAGAGCAGAGAGACGGGGAGCCUGACUUCCAAACAGCUCAAAGAUAAAAGUAAAGUCAAAAAGAAGAGGAAGAAGGAGAGUAAAAACAACGUGGGCAAAGAAGUCCGGUUCAGCAAAGUCAACGACAAAUUCUGCACGUCCGAUUCCGACUGCGGCGAUAUGGAGAGCGAAGACGACAAAGGCUCAAACAGCAUCAAGGAGUCCUCCAUGAUGGCAAAAGAGUCUGGCGGCGGCGGCGGCGGCGGCUUCAACGCGUCCUCGCACGCCAACCUGAACUCGCAGAAACAAGCGCCGUCGUUAGCGGAGCAACACCCCAAGCAGUGGAGGACCGACGGCUGGAAGACGGUGUCGUCUCCCACGUGGUCCGACGUAAGUUCUCUGUCCGAUUCCGUCAGGACCCGUCUGUCCAGCGAGUCCGACUACUCUUCCACCGAGUCCAGCGUGGAAUCCGUCAAGCAAGUCAAGAGGAAAGGACAAGAGAACAAGAAGAAGAACAACCACGUGCACAACAGCGCGGUGGAGAAGAAGAACGCCGACGUGUACAAAAACGCCGACAGUACCGUCUCCAAAACGGACACGGACGGCAAGGUGCUGAAGAAGCACAAGGUCAAGCACAAGCACAAAAGCAAAGAGAAGGACAAAGCUCCCAGUCUGGUGCUCAAUCAGGACAUGAACGAAAAGUUUGUCAAAAGCUACUCCUUCGAUUUCGACGACUCCCGGCAAAAGUCCAUCACCGUCGAGUCGGAAUCGCAAUCCGAGAGCAAGAUCAAGUUGUCCAAACACGAAAAGGACCAUUCCAAGAAGGAAGAAAGGCUCUCCAAAAGCAAGUCGGAAGACAAAGAUUGGCCGUCGGGAAAAGACUCGCACAGGACCUCGGAAAAGGAGAAAAACAAGAAAUCCAAGGACUCGGCCAAAACAAACAAGGACGAGCGAGACAGGCCCGUCAAAUCGGACAAGGAGCGAAGCGCCAAGGAGAAACCCAAGGAGGACAAACAAAAGAACCACAAAGAGGAGAAGAAGAAAAAGUCCAAGGAGAAGUCGCGAGCCGAUCGCAAGAGUGAGCAGAAAGAGGAGAAGCAUCUCAAGGUGGACAAGGGCGGCAAGGAGGACAAGUGCAAAAAGGACAAAGUCGCCAAGGAGGAGCCCGAGUACGAAAGCUACGACGUCAACAGCCGUUUCCUCAACCUGGACGACGCCAAGCUGAGCGCCUCGGACGAGCAUCACGACCGUUGGGGCUCCGAGAUGUCCUCCGACUCGUCCCUCUACGGAGACGACAGCUGGGACGCCCCCGUCAAGGAGUACAAAGAGUACAAGGCCAACAACGCCGUCAAGCUCAUCGUGGAAACGGUCAAGGAGGAGACCAGGCGGAAGGACAAAGUCAAAGACAAGAAAUCCGAGCACGCCGACAAAAGACCGGACAAGGACGUCGCGUCCAAAAAGAAAGACAAGGACUGUUUGGAAAAGAAGAAGGACUGGUCGGACAAACAGAAAAUCAACUCGGCUCACUCUGUGGAAAAGGAGAAGAAAAGGAAAGAAUCCACGGAAACGACGGGCAAGGACAAAAAAGACUCCCUGGAUAACAGUCGAGAUCGCUCGUACGACUCGCUCAAGGAGAGGAAAGAGGGCAAGGUCAAGCAGGAGUCGCUCCGAGACGAUUACGCCAACGACGCCUUCUUCAAGGAAACCGAGCCCGUGGGGAAAUCGUGCGACGCCCGCGAACGCAAUCAUUCGGGCAAGGAGAAAGAGAAGAAGUUUGAGGCCGCGGAAAAGCGAGAGAAAACAAAAGCCGACAAGCACAAAGAGAAAAUCAAAGAAAGGGCCGCCGCCGCCGCCGAUCAGGAGAAGGACAGGAGUGACAAAAUGGCGGCGGAAAAAACGGCCAAGGACAAGGAAGCCGAGCGCAAGAAGGACGGCGCCAAGGACAAACACAAAGAGUCGCACGCAAAAGACAAAGAGCGGAAAAUGUCCUCCGAGCAGAGCAAGGACAAGAAAGAAAAGGCCUGCCAAGACAAACACAACGAGCGAGACAAGGACUUCUCCGAGCUCAAGCGAGAGGAACGCAAGCCCGAGAAGAUCCGAGAGAAAACCUGGUACAAAAUCGCCGACAUCUUCACCGACGAAAGCGACGACGAGGACGACGCCUACAACGGCGCUCUUUCGCACGCUUCCGACGCCGUCAGGAAGGACUCGCUGCCCGAUCAGGACCAGGACCUGGAUCACUUCCCCUCAGACAAAGUCCGAAAAACGUCUUCGGAGAGCAAACACGGCGCCGACAAGGCCAAAGAGCACAAGGAGAAGAAGAAGGAGAAGGCCGCCGCCGCCGCCACCUUUGACUCGGGCCGAGAGCGCAAGGGCUCCCUGGAGAAACACAACAAAGACAAGAAAGAAUGCGUCGACGUCAAACACAAGGAACGGAAAGAGCGGACGUCGCUCGAUUCCAACCAGGAGAAGAAAGCCAAGCAGAAGCUCCUGGAGGAGAAAAGCAAAAACAAAUACAAGGCGGAGAAUAAUGCCAAGGAGCGGAAAGCGUCCAAGGGCGGCGGCGGCGAGAACGAAAAGUCCCUCCUGGAGAAGUUGGAAGAAGAAGCCAUGAACGACUACAAGGACGACUCCAAUGACAAGAACAGCGACAUUUCCUCCGACAGUUUCACCGACCGAGGCCACGACGCCGUGGUCCUGGCCGGCUACUACGACUCCGUCGCCCUCGCCGCCGCCGACGACGACAGGAGGGACUCUCCGGCCGUCAUAAGCACGCCCCAGGACAAGUUCCGAGAGAGAGAACGACACCGCCAUUCCUCCUCCUCGUCUUCCAAGAAAAGCCACGACAAAGACAAAGAGAAGGUCAAGAAGGAGAAGCGCGACAAGAGCGAAGAAAUCCGAGACGUGUACGCCCGCCGCGAGAGCUUGCCCUUCGACAAAGAGCCCACGCCCCUGGAGGCCGACCCGUACACCUUCCCGUACGGCGGCGGCAAAGGCGACGGCGAAGACGACUUUGACAAGACCUUGGAGUUUGAAAAGGAGAUGUCCAAGAAGGACAAAGCCGGCGCCGUCAUCGGCGACAGAACAAAGGAGAAGAAGAAAAAGGAGAAGCACAAGGAGAAAAUCAAGGAGGAGCGCAACAAGCACCUUGACGCCUUUGGCUCGUCCAAGCACUCCAAAGAAGGAUUGAAGGACGGCCCUCAGCUUAGCCUUCUCAAAGAGAGAUCGAAAGAAGACAGCCCCAAAUUCGACUUCAAAAAGGAGCGCAACCGCGACGCCUCGGACAAAGACAACCGCUUGGAUCACGCAAAGUCCAAAACGAAAGAUGAAAACGAAAAGCUCAACCCGUCCAAAGACACGGGACGAAAAGACGGCCGCCCGCGGGAGAAACUCCUGGUGGACGGCGACUACCAAAUGACCAGUUUUGGUCAGAUGUUGAGUCUGAAAGACCAAGAAAUCGAGGAGCGUCACAAGAGGCAUAAAGAGAGGAUGAAACAAAUGGAGAAGCUCCGGCCCAAGUCGGGAGACCCCAAACUCAAAACCAAGUCCACCGAAGAAGCCCGCAAAAACCGCGCUGAGCUCUCCUCCAAGAAAUCCAGCCUGGCCGGCAGCCUGGCCGGCGGCCUGGCCGGCAGCCUGGCCGGCGGCCUGGCCGGCAGCCUGGCCGGCGGCCUGACCGGCGGCCUGGCCAGCAGCCUGACCAGCCCGGACUCCAACCUCAAAGAGAAGAAGCCGAAGGACGUCGGGCUGCCCAAGGACGCCGUCCUGCCCAAGGACGCCGCUCCGCCCAAGGACGCCGGCCUGCCGGCGACGCAGAUGGUGUCCCCCGCUCGCAAGUUCCAACCGGCGACGGACAGCCACAACCCCAAGGACUGGCUGCCCGGACAUCAAACGAAAGAGAACCUGCCCGCCUCGCCCCGCUCGGAACACAACAGGCCCACGGGCGUGCCCACGCCCACCUCCGUCAUCUCUUGCCCCAGUUACGAGGAAGUCAUGCAGACUCCCCGCACGCCGUCUUGCAGCGCCGAAGAUUACCCCGACAUCAUGCUGGACGGGCUGGACUGCCAGAACUCCUCGGCCAUGACCAUGUCCAUGAAUGCGUGUUCGCCGUCCUUCUUUGAGAGCAGGUACUCGCAAGGUUUCCAGGAAGGCACUUGCCCCACCCCGGCCAAGAAUCUCCAGCUGCCGCUCAUCGGUCGUUCGGCCUCCUCGGACGUCCGCAGACCUCUGGAAGAAGACUUCAAAAUGGAGGCCGACAAGUUCCUCCGGCAGCAUCACGACCCGUCGGCCGAAUUCGACGCCGCCUCGCAAAUUCUGGAAGAGAAAUCGCCCGGCGCCGCCGAUCGACUCCAGAGCUUGCCCUCGCCGUAUUUCUCUCCCAUGGGGUUGAUGGAGCCGAGCCACCCGACGGCCGACCUGGCCAUGCCGACGCUGCCUUGCACGGAGACGGAGCAUCUCUCCGAUAGCGUUUACGGCGGCUACUUGCCCAAGCCGUCCACGCCGGUGCACCGGCCCGAUCCGCAGGAGCCCUGCUUCGACAUCGCCGCGCCGCCCACGCCGGCGCCCGCCGCGCUGCCUCCGCUCGACAUCGACGACAUAGCGGAACCUCACCACAGCGAGCCCAACUUGGUCCUCUCGGACCUCCCGUCCGUCAUUGAGGAAAGGGACGAGGAAGAGGAGGAGGAGGACGACGAAGCGGAAGACCUGGACUUAGACGAACCCACGGACGAGGAGCAUUGCGCCGUGCACGAGAGCCGGCCGACGCGGGAGGUGUCUUCCUUCCCCGCUCAAGCUGAGGAGCCUCUGCGAAAGAGCUGGCACGUCGAGUCGCCGGAAGAAGCGGAUCCAGAGGUCCACCGUUUCACUCCGCCGCUUCCCGAAGCCGGCCACGGGGAGAACUGUUACGAGCACAGCAUGAGUUGGAACCACGACGUGGACCUUAAAUCUCCCCAUCGGACGUACGGGGAGAUCGAAGCGGCCGUCUCCAAGAUCACCAGCCCCUAUUCUCACUCGGACAGCGAUCUGCAGCACUUGCCCGGACACCCGUCCGUCACGCCUCCGUACGCCACCUGGAAUCGGUGGCACAAGGAAGAAGACCCCGAGGAUUUUGAUGAGCAGAAGGAGGCCGUGGCCGACAUUCCUUCUCUGGACAGAGCCGACGGCGCUCUGAACGACGAGCCCAAUUAUUUGAAUUCGUCCUCAUCCUCCACCAGACUGGAGUCUUUCUUCCAGGAGUGCGGCAAAUCCAAUAUUGAGGUUCCCCAGCAGAUGGACGCGGAAGCGGCGUGCGAGGAGCCCGGCAUCAGGCAGAGCUCGCAUACCUUCUGCCCCGUCGUCGACGGGCACCUGACUUUGGCCGCUGCGCCCGAGCCGGUCGUGCCUUGGGCGGAUCCUUUCGCCACCGAUGCGGAUGAGCUAGAUGACCUCGGACCCUUCUCCUUGCCUGACCUCCCGCUGCCGGAAAAGCCCGACGUCGUCGAGCACCGGGACUCGGAUUUUGCCGACCUGGACAAGACCGGACAAUGUCACAUUCGUCAUACGAUGAUGGACGUCGACGACCCGGACUUGAUGCAGGUAGACCAUUCGGGUCUUCUGGAGACCACGUGCUCCGCUCAAGACCAAAGGCCGGGGGAACCCGCCGCCGUGCAAGACUUAGCGGUCCCGCCGUCUCACAACGCCUUUGGGCAAGAGUUGGACCCGGAGCCUCAGAGCGUCCCGGUCACCAUCCCUCUGGCUUUUACGCAACCCAGCGUCAUGUUGGAAAGCAAAAUGCCGUACGGAGGCUCCGACGAGUCGGGAUCCGACGAGUCGUAUUCGUCCGACGCCAGCCAGCUCCAUCACAUCCAGAUUCACCCCGUGCCGGCCGUCGAGCCUUUGCGCUUGCCGCAAGACACCGCGGCGGCGGCGCUCGACAAGCCGGAGGUGAGGCGGGAGGACGUAUCGGAGCCCCUGAGGGAAUCUUCAUCACCCGACGGGGUUCUUCACCUCCCGGUGGCCGCCGUUAGCCCUCCCGCUUCCCUGGAGCGGCCGGAGGCUCAAGAGACGGCCGCCAAGCCGCCGGUCCCGCUAGCCCAGAGCGCAGAUGUCCCCAAAAAGGUGGAUGAAAUCCCUCAGAGGAUAACGCGCAACCGGGCCAAGAACCACCUGUCUGCGCUGGCUCCUCCCGUGAGCGCAACGUGUUCCAGCCCCUCCCUGUCCGUGACCAUCAGUCCGGUGGUGACCAUCAACGCUCUCCCUGCCAGAACGCCGACUCCCAAUUCGGUGUUGGCCUUUUCGUCGGUGAAAAAAGACAAAGAGCCGUCGCUCGGCAUCUCGUCCAGUCCGUCCAACUCCACUCUGACGCUGUCCGUACCCGCUUCUUUGAGCUCCUCGCCCACGGUGGUUCUGAGCAAAACCAGUAAAGGCCGUCCGCUCCCAGGGGAGGAAGACGACCCCGCUCAGACCCAGCACCCGCGCAAGAGGAAGUUCCCCCGUUCCACCACGCAGCAGGUGCAAGUGCAGCUGGUGAACACGGCCAUGCAGCAGACCCGCGAGAUGAUCCAGCAGACGCUGGCCGUCGUCGUCAACGCCAUCAAGUUGGACGACAUCGAGCCUUACCACAGUGACCGGUCCAACCCGUACUUUGAGUAUCUGCAGAUCAGGAAGAAGAUUGAGGAAAAGAGGAAAAUUUUGUGCUACAUCACUCCACAGGCCCCUCAGUGCUACGCCGAGUAUGUGACCUACACCGGCUCCUACCUGCUGGACGGCAAGCCCCUCAGCAAGCUUCAUAUCCCGGUGAUCGCGCCGCCGCCGUCCUUGUCUGAGGCUUUGAAAGAGCUCUUCAGGCAGCAGGAGGCCGUGAGAGGAAAGCUGCGCUUGCAGCACAGCAUCGAACGGGAGAAGCUGAUCGUCUCCUGCGAGCAGGAAGUGUUGCGAGUCCACUGCAGAGCGGCGAGGACCAUCGCCAAUCAGGCCGUGCCGUUCAGCGCCUGCACCAUGCUUUUGGACUCGGAAGUGUACAACAUGCCUUCGGAGAGCCAGGGCGACGAGAACAAAUCGGUGAGGGAUCGCUUCAACGCGCGCCAGUUCAUCUCCUGGAUUCAGGACGUGGACGAUAAAUACGACCGCAUGAAGACGUGCCUGUUGAUGCGGCAACAGCACGAGGCGGCGGCCCUCAACGCCGUGCAAAGGAUGGAAUGGCAGUUGAAGGUCCAGGAAUUGGAUCCCGCCGGGCAUAAGUCGCUGUGCGUCAACGAAGUGCCGUCCUUCUACGUUCCGAUGGUUGACGUCAACGACGACUUUGUCCUCCUGCCGGCGUGACGCCUCUCGGCGCAGCCGGCAGGAGUUACCUUCAUCCCGAUCGAUCCCUUCUUCUCAGAGAGAAUUUGUUGAACAGAACAAAUGGAAAGGGCUAGCAAAUUUGAGAAGGGCCUUCAGACAGGAGAAGAGCAAACGUACAGCGGAAGAGUGCCGAUAAAAAACAAGAAACAACAACACGCUCUCGGUUCCCUUCCUUGAAGAAGGAAACUUCUUUUUACCGGGGCAAAGAAAAUACUCAAGUUGCACUUUUGAUUCUCAGAGAUUUUUACUCCUUUUUGAAGCGGAGCAUGAAAAGCAGAAAUUGUUUUUUUGCUUUCCGGCACCGGCCCGCGACUCCCUUCCGGGUGGGAAGGGGGUUGACAGAGAUCUAUUUUCUGCAUUCAUUUUUCGGGGCUUUGCUUCAUGAAAGCGACGACCACUGGGGAGGAGCGUCAAAGAGCAGCAGUAGGAAGGAGCUGCAAAGAUGGAGCCAGCGGGCGCAGGUCCGGUCAGGAUGUCAACAAAAGCCACCGGCAGACGACGACACGUGACGGGAAUCUCCAGCGACACAGGUGCUGCCACACUGUCAAAUCCCAGACGGCAGAUGGAUACAAGUGUCUGCAAGAGAGGAAGAAACUGUUCUUUGCAGCCUCUCAGCCAGGCCAGGAGCAGGAGGAGGAGGAGCCCGGCGGCUCCCCGACCGAGGUCAGGUCCGAGAGAGAGCCUUCUCGCUCGGCAAAACGCAUCCGAGCGCCUCGGACCGCAAACGGAACGAAUGUUGACAUUCAGAGAGACUAUGGAGAAAUUGUUGUUUGUCAGGUUUCGGGCGGGCGGGCGGGCGGGGAGAAAUAUGGUUUUGCUCUAUUUCUUUACUUGGGCAUUUCAUUGUUUUGAAACACUACAGAGCCAAUAUUAGUUUAAUGGAAAAGAAAACAAAGAAAAGAAAAGUGAAAAAAAAAAAACACAAGUUGUAUUCCGUAAAUGAUGUACAGUUUUUAUAUUCGUCAACCAAUGUAUUCUUGCUGCCUUCUAGAUAAUUUAUUUUGCCACACAUUACUGCACAGUUGUAAAUAACCUAUGUACUGUAAUAUCACUCAAGUAAGUGUAAGGAAAAAGAAAAGAAAUAAAAAGUAUCUUUUUGUGUACAGUUCA